GAUCGACUGCUCGCAGCGGAAUGGUUCGCCGUUAGACUAAUAUUGGUGAAAGAGGCCGUAAACGACUGGAUUUCGAGGUAAUAGCAGCCAAGGCAGGCUUAUAAAAGUACAAGCGGCGCGAGGGAAGAUGCGAUUGCCGUGGCGAGCGUCGCGCGAAGGCUACCUGAAUUUUACUGCCGACUCCGCCCUUCGGCGAAACAAUUGUCGGGAAAGUCGCCCGAGGCCCGAGCGAGCGCAGAGCCGGACUCAGUUACCCAGACUCAGUUCAGCCCAGACAACCCGAGCGCGCGCUCCGGCAGCGAACGCGAUGAAGACGCUGACGCAGCACCUGUUCGAGCGGCAAACGGGCAUCGGGUCGCCGCGGUUCGAGGCCGGCCACUCGGAGAUGGUGCGCUCGAUCCACCGGCUGCGCCCGAUGCACCAGAUGCACCACCAGCAGUACACCGAGGCGCUGGCCGCGGGCGUGCCGGCCCAGCAGAGCAAGGAGCUGGCCGAUCGCAGCUACAUAGCGCGCAUGCGCUUCAACAAGCCGGGCAACCUGGUGGGCACGUCGUACUGGUCGCACGACUCGAUCGAGCUCUGGAGCUGGCAGCAGCACACGCACAACCACAAGCUGCCCGUGCCCACGCUCAUGGGCAGCUCGAUCGUGCGCUUCGACUGGCUGUACAGCAACCCCGAGGCGCACAUGGUGGUGCUGGGCAAGCACGGCGACGUGAAGCUGCUCGACCUGCGCCAGCUGGUCUGCUACAACCUCGUGACCAAGCAGCGCUGCGCGAGCAUGGCCUACGGGCUGCACCCCGAGCUGCCCUUCAGCAUCCUGUACGGCGCGCGCGACGGCCUGGUGCGCGACUUCGACGUGCGCCGCGGGCCGCUGCCCGAGGACGCGCUGGUGCGCGCCACCAACCGCGACGGCAGCCCCUUCCAGCUCUACUCGCUGAAGAUCAACCCGGCCGACAGCAACCAGUUCGCCGUGGCCGGCUGCGCCGAGGACGUGCGCCUCUACGACCGGCGCAGCGCCCGCUGCCCACUGCACGUCAUGUACAUGACCACCUACCCCGGCCUCCGGAGCACCGGGCUCGAGCGACGAGACACGAGCGGCGAGUACAGCUACGUGACGGACGAGCGGCGCAGCCGGCGCUGGAACCUCCAGGAGAUGGCCUUCAACUACAACGGCACGCAGCUCGCGCUCAGCUGCGGCUACGACUCGAUCUACGUGUUCGACACGCACAUGAGGUACCCGAUCGGCAGCUUCACCGCCAACUGCCUCGAGGCCAACGACGAAGGCCUCAACUGCAGCAUCACGGGCAGCGUCGUCUACGGCCUCGAGUACUUCGGCCUCAAGAGCGACUUCAUGAUCGCCAUGGCCAGGGGCCACGAGCACAUCUACGACGCCAAUCUGCGCGAGUUCCCCGAGUCGUACAAGCGCACCAGCCUCUACAUCUGGGACAGCUUCAGCCACCAGCUCGUCCGCAGGAUCCCCAUGCCCGAGCGCAACUGGAACUUCGCGGCCCACCCCCACCUGCCCGUCAUCGCCACCGCCCUCGACCAGAAGGGCAUACAGCUCUGGAACGCCUUGUAGUGCCCGCGCGCCGCACGGCCGCUGCGAUUGACGUGCGAACGUCGCUCGCGGUCGAUUGGCGCGCGAGACGCUGCCUUCGGCGCCGACAACUGCCAGCGUCAUUUAAUUAGGCUCUCGAUUAAACCCUCGCGACUCGACCGACUAAUCCAAUCAAUGUCCAUCGAGUCUCGCCUGUAACUUGUACCUCGAUAUGCGCUGUGAAUAUUUUACUCUGUAUAUUUUUAUAUAUGCUCGUCUCGCGUUCACAAUUCCGUCUUAGUCUUAAGUCUGCGUGUCUUUGUUUGCUUUUCUUUCUUUCUUAUCGUUGGGAUCCGACGUCUGGGGACUGCUGCGACCUCUCGCCGCGCCAAAUAGAAUGAACAUUUUAACACGGACGGCCUAGGGCAAAGUGCCGCUUCUAUUUAGUAUCUUAACGAUAAUGGAAAAAAUUCGUAAAUGAACGUGCCAAUCUGGAUAACAAAUCAUACGUCUUGGAUAAGUGCAUAUUUUCCAAUUUUUUUAUUCGCUUAUCUUCAACGAAUCAUCUGUCAUUUCAACUGGCAUCGACUCAUUCGCGCAUUUCUUCGAUCAUCAUUAAUAUGCUAUUACUUUCCCCCAUGCUGCCCGCGUUAAAACGCCUACUUGUUCACUUCCACUUCGCGCCCGAGAGAGUACACGGCAGUCCAGAUGUCAAAAUCCAAUAUCGAUAACAAUCUUUUUAACGCUCUUCGUUACUUCGUUACUGUGUUCAUAUUUUAUAUACAUACAUAGCGAAUAUGUAGCUGAUGGAUUUUUAUAGAAAUCGACCGAUUUCUUGACACUGUGUGCAAUUCUUCGAAGCAAAGAUAGAUAUAGAAUUUUAUUUAAUAAUUACGAAUUUUACCCGAUCGUUGAAUGUUUUCAAAAACAGUAUUUAUAUUCAAUAUUUUCGCGUGAAAAAUUGAAUGAAAACACUUGCUCGAUUCCAAAAAGUGCAUUCUAGUUCUAUCAUUAUUUUAAAUAUAAACUAUAA